AACGCUUUGUUUAAACGGAUAAUUGAAAACUUCUGAUCGUAUGCUUCACUUCAACUCUAUUCAACUUGUUACUUAACUGUUACAUUUCCUUGGUUCAACCAUUCAAUAAAUCUUUUAUAUUAGUGAUUUAAUCUUAAUUUAUCUUGUUUUAAUCUUGUUCUAAUCUUGUUUUAGUUUUGUGUUCCCCAAUUGUGAUUAUAAUUAUCAGGAUAAGGAUUAAUCAUCGUCACUCUCACCAUUAUCAUCUUAGAGCCCUUUAACCUUUAUGGUGUUGCAUUGGUUAUUCACAUAAGUCACGAUAAUUUUGGUAAUAGAGUCACACCCUUAAGAAAAGGUUCCUGGGCCAAGACGAUUAAUGUGAUUUCACUCUUUUUUUGGGUUUAAAUGUUGCUGAUGUUGGUUUAAUAUAAAAAGCUUAAAUAUCAAAGGGAACAGACAGUUAAGGAGAAGACAAGAAGACGAAAAGAAUAAAAGAAUACCAAAAAUAAGAAAAGUAGAAGUUAUUAUAAGUUAAGUUAAAAUCAAGGUAACAUUUACUUGGUAACCUUAAAGUAAAUCAUCAACAAUUUAACAUUAAAUUGUUGCCGUAUUCUUAACCUUGUUUUGGAUUUCCUUGUAUCUUGUUUUUUUUACUUUCUACCUUGGUCCAUUGCAACCAACAUCAACCUCAUCAACCUGAUCCUGAUCCAUGGUUUUGCAAAUCACUCAACCGACUUUCCAAAAUUGCAUUACUUUGGAUCAUUAGUAAAUUUUUUCAUCUACAAUUAAUGUGUUAAAAUCUUUACCAUUGGAAAGUACUUAAAAUUUGGUGACUUGGUGAAAUUGGUUCGUUUGUUUCGCUUCUACCAUUUGUUUUUUUAUAAAUUAUUCUGUCUGGAUUGCAAAUUAAAUUACCUCACCAAUUAAACUAGCCAUGGUCGAUGGAUAUGCCAAAGGAGUUAAAUUUGCAAUGCUUAUUGCAAAUGGAGUUAUAUUUUUUGGAGGUUUGACUGUUUUUUCAAUCGGAGUAUGGACUUUAUCAGAUAAAUCAUUCAUGGAAAGAUUACUUGGAACCAAAUCAUAUGUUGCUUCAGCUUCCAUCCUCAUUGGUACCGGAUUAGUCGUGGCAAUCAUUUCAUUUCUUGGUUCCAUUGGAGCUUGGAGAGAGAUAAGAUGCAUGCUGAUUACAUUUUUUUUCAUUCUGGCAAUGAUUUUUUUAACCAUGUUAACUGGAGGUAUUCUGGGUUAUAUAUUUCGAAGUGAAGUUGAUGAAAGGAUGCAUUCGGAAAUGGUGAUGACAAUUAAAUUAUAUGGAAAUGAUACCAAAGUAACUGAAUCUUGGGAUGCUGUUCAACGAAAUUUCAAUUGUUGUGGUGUUAUUCCUAAUAUUGGUAACCGAUUUAAUCGUGAUCAAAAAGCUUACAAAAUUUGGAUGAGAAACUAUAAUUUUAGAUUGAGUGGACCUCAAGUACCUGAAAGUUGUUGUAAGAACCCACUUGAUCCUCAGCAACGAAAGGCUUGUAUACGAGAUAAAUUGGAGGAAAGAUACGUUUUUAUGGAUGAUUGUUAUGAAAAGAUGAAAGAUUUUGUUAAAUCACAUGCAUUGCUGGUUGGAGGGAUUGGCAUUGGAAUCGCUGCUUUACUAAUAUUUGGAAUGAUUUUAUCAUGUGCAUUAUUUUUGAUGUUAAAAUAACUACUCACUGUCAAAUAGUCACCAUUAAAGCAUAAUCACAAUCAUCAUCAUCAUCAACAUCAUCAUCAUUACCAUAUUCAUUAACAUUAUGAGUGCCAGUUACAUAUCAACAUUUCCAUUUUCAUUGCUUCUCAUUGUCACCUAUGAAUUUUUACUCUCACACUACCUUUGAAGAUAAAUUAGCUACAACUUUUCUCAUGUUGGCUUUUUUGGUCUCUGUUUUGGUUGUAUCUCAAUCCUGAUUACAACGAAUUUUAAUUGUGCCAUAAUAAAUUGCGUGUAAAUAGAUGUGGAUAACAAGUAAAUGGUGAUGUUGAUGGUAAAUUUGAUGUAGGAAAGGUUCUAGGUAAAUGAUGUUAAAUGAUUCCUCUUUUUUCAUUCAUGAAAAAAAACGAAAAAGAAGAGCAAAAGUCACGCAUUUUUUCAUCCUUCUUCUUCUUCUUCUUCUUCUUCUUCUCAUUGCCUUUAUUUUUGUUGUACAUACUAUUUCCAGCAAAUGUAAGUAAGUGGGUGAAAGAUUCAUGUUAGGAUAUUAUCAUGAAGUUGACUCUGUUUAUCUUGAUGAUAAUAAUAGACAAACAAAGUGAAAGUCUAACAAUCAAAGAGAUAGAGUUGAGUUGAAGAGGAAAAAAUGAACUCUAAUGUUGAUGCGUUUAUUGGUUGACCAAAAGGAAAGUAACAAACCUCUUGAUUUGAUUGCAAUAACAAUUAAGUUAACUAGGUAAACAAACAAAACUCUUUAUGGUAAUGAUGGUGAUGAUGAUGAGUUUGGAUCUGACUGAUUCCAACCAACAAACUUGACAUUUCAUUGUAUAAAAAAUAUCAAUGUAAACUAAUUUCUUUUGUCAAAGUUAAAUUGAAGAAGAAUCAUUAUCAAGCUUCAAUUUUGCUCUUUUCCUCAUUUUAACCUCUUUUUUUUCAUUCUAAUUAUUCUCAUUUGAUUGAAACAAGAAUCAUCUUAAUUGCAACUUGUAAUUUAAUCAAAAUGCUGUACAUUAAUUAUAUAUGUAUAUAUUGUAUUGUUAUCACCCAAUUAGUUUUACCAACUCUAAGUCAUUUCAUUUGCUCUCCAAACCCAUUUAUUCAUUGUAAACCCAUAAUUGAUUGUAAAUUAACUUUAGCCAACAAUUGUGAUUUAAUUAGGAAAGUUGAUUCUUUUAAUGAAC